AAUAUGACCUCCGCCGUGAUUAACCCUCUUUACCAGUAGGUGGCAGUAAUGCACCAUAGCGUUGUUUGCCUACUUUCAUCCAACCACAGAACUAGAAGGACUUUAGUUCAGUUUCCGGGUCUUCUGCUGUGACGUCUUUGUUGUAAAUAGUCCGUCGUCAAUAAAUCCACCUCAUCUCUGGAGAGGCUUAAAACCCGUGAUCUAAGAGAAGUGGUGUAGUUGAAGUUCUGCCUGAAGCCUCUGGUCCAGUUUUCAGGUUAGGAGGUCACAGGUGAUACUGGAUGGGCCAGAUGUUGAUGCACUGGGCCAGUUGCUAAUAUUCAUUGGGCCUGCAUGUGUAACAUCAGUGAAAUAUGGCCAGCAACUUCCGGAGCUACAUCUGGGACCCAGUCCUCAUUUUAUGCCAGAUUGUCUUGAUGCAAUGUAUCUACUACAGCUUCCUAGGCCUGUGGUUGGCUGGAGUGGACAGCCUUGUGCGGAGUAGUCGGUCACUAAAUCAGAUUUUCAGCUAUGAAGUCCUUGGUUUUGCAACAGUGCAGGGCAGGCUCUCAAUGAUGGCGUUUAUCUUGAACUCUCUUACCAGUGCUCUCGGUCUGUGGUUCUUCAUCCGCCGAGGGAAGCAGUGCCUGGACUUCACGAUCACCGUGCACUUUUUUCACAUGAUUGGUUGCUGGAUCUAUAACUCCCACCUUCCCUCGGCCCUCUCCUGGUGGCUCGUCAACGUGGCCUGCAUCGCGCUGAUGGCUGUUAUAGGGGAGUACCUGUGCAUGCGGACUGAGCUCAGGGCAAUUCCAGUCAACACUGGACCCAAAUCUAACCUGUGAACAUGUGUAGAUUUUUUUUAAGACAAGAGGAACUCAAUGAGAAGGUUGUUUUUCAUGGUUGAUACACAGAAAGAAGAAAAACCCCUACAUGAACACACAGACUGAAUAGUUAUGAAUCUUAUAAAGUGGUCCUCCAGCUGACCUGAUAUUUAUUCAUAGCUGCUUAUUAAAUGUUGGACAGUAUUUUUUCUAGUUUAUUGAAAUGUGUCUUUUAAUGUUUUUCAAAGCAGACACCAUCAUCCCUACAGCUAGAGUAAUGGUUUGUACGUUCACUCCUGUUAAUACAUUUAUCAUCAUGUUAUGAUACUCUGUAAUUUAGACAUGCCAUGCCCACAUUAUCAUCCUGUUUAGGAUCCUUCUUAAAGUUCAUGGUGUAUAAAAUGUGGAAUAUAGUAUUUCUUUUA